AUAGCUUACCGACCGGUCAAAGGUUACGGUUGUCGAACGGCUGUUGGGUUUUUGUUACCCGCCUGUCAGGCGGAGAUUCCUCUUUACAUGUUUGGCGUUACGCUGAUGUCUAGGAACAACAAGGGCACAUCACUGUUGGCACUGUGAAAGCACACAUUCCGUAGAUUGUAGAAAUGGCGCAAGUAAGCUACCAGCGAUUGUGCCCCCUUCUGGUCCUGACUAUAUCUGCAGUCUUCUUCAGGAUGGUGGCAUCUAUGCAAGACCCAGAAGUGGACAGCAAAGACAUACACAAUGUGGGAAAAGCAAUACGAAAAGCGGCAGAAGCUGUUGGAAAGGCUCGAUCAGACAUCCAAGAGGCAGAAAGAGUAAUAGAAAAGUCAGGUCUACCUGAGGAAGUAUUGGAAGCAUUCAAAUUGGUUCUCAGAGAAAAAGUUUCUCAAGAAUUGGGAACAGGAGGGUCCCCAAAGAAGACAGACAGCAUGCUUGUUGAACAGCUUCUAAAACUGGUACCAGAACAUUCCGAAGACUACAACUCUCAGGACAACAAAACACCGCCCGGAAUCUUAAUGACAGUUUUGGAUCUUGUAAAAACUGUCCUCUUCAUUCCAUUCCACAUGGUGGCAUUUCUUAUUUGGAGGGUAGGGCAGUUUUUGUGCUGGUGCCUGGAAAAUGUGAUGGCUUCUCCUACCUUUGUGUACAAGACUCUGCAGUGGAUAAAGUGGUUUGGAGCAACCAUUGUUUCCGCGCUAGUCAAAAGUGUGGCACUUUUGGUAUCACUGAUAUAUGUCCUCAUUGCCUUCGUUUUGUAUACAGUUUACUCAGCAGUUGUAUUUUUGCUCAGCACACUGUGGAUGUUACUCUAUGGUGUAUGUUCCAUAGUGAUGAUACCUGUCCAUAUCCUUAUCCUCUCCUCUCCCGUGGUGUUCUUGUAUCUUAUCAACCAACCAGAUGCCACCCACAUUGUGCACUGGCUUCAGGAAACAGCACGCAGCAUACAAACAGUUAUCAGAGACAUGUUUGUAGAAUACCAUUCCCGACAGCAGCCCUUACCAAACCCUACAGUACAAGCCUCCCCCCUUGGGUUCACCACAUACCCGGCUGUGAGUUCAGCACCAAGGACAGACGCAGAGGGAUGGGAGCUUCAUGAGCACUUGUUACAGCCCCGCAGGAGUGGCAGGCUCAGCAGCCUGCGGAGACACUUCUUCAUCGAGGACACAGAGAAUGACAACUCCUGUGUGGUCUGCCUGGAUCGUCCAGCAAACAUGACGUUACGGCCCUGUGGCCACAGGUGUGUGUGUAGGAGGUGUGCGUGGAGGAUCCUCAACCCCAGGGUUGGAGAGGAUGGGGGGAAAUGUCCACUAGACAGGCAGCAAAUCCUAGUGGCUGUACCUGACCGCAUCUGUGUUAUUAGCUAGUAUAGAAUUAAUGUUUGCAAAAUGCAUGGCUUGUCCAACC